ACAGAACCGUGUGAGGGGGUGCCCAGGACCGAGUGCCUGGAGCUGAGCUCUAACCCUCUUUAUGUUCCUCCCUUCCAGGUGGCUGUGAAGAUCAUAGACAAGACCCAGCUGAACUCUUCUAGCCUCCAGAAGCUCUUUCGGGAAGUCCGCAUAAUGAAGCUCCUGAAUCACCCCAAUAUAGUUAAGUUAUUUGAGGUGAUAGAAACGGAGAAGACGCUGUAUCUCGUGAUGGAGUACGCCAGUGGAGGCGAAGUGUUCGACUACCUCGUCGCACACGGCAGGAUGAAAGAGAAGGAGGCGCGGGCCAAAUUUCGGCAGAUCGUGUCGGCGGUGCAGUACUGCCACCAGAAGUGCAUCGUGCACCGGGAUCUGAAGGCCGAGAACCUCCUCCUGGACGCGGACAUGAACAUCAAGAUCGCCGACUUCGGCUUCAGCAACGAGUUCACCCUGGGGAACAAGCUGGACACUUUCUGCGGGAGCCCCCCCUACGCCGCGCCCGAGCUCUUCCAGGGCAAGAAGUACGACGGGCCGGAGGUGGACGUCUGGAGCCUGGGCGUCAUCCUGUACACGCUGGUCAGCGGCUCGCUGCCCUUCGACGGGCAGAACCUCAAGGAGCUGAGGGAGCGUGUGCUCAGGGGCAAGUACAGGAUCCCCUUCUACAUGUCCACCGACUGCGAGAACCUGCUCAAGAAGUUCCUCAUCCUCAACCCGGCCAAGAGAGGCAGCCUUGAGCAGCAGAUCAUGAAGGAUCGCUGGAUGAACGUGGGCCACGAAGACGAGGAGCUGAAGCCCUACCUGGAGCCAGAGCCCGACUACAAGGACCCCAAGAGGACAGAGGUGAUGAUCCAGAUGGGAUACACGCAGGAGGAGAUCCAGGACUCGCUCGUCAACCAAAAAUACAACGAAAUCAUGGCCACCUAUCUGCUGCUGGACUACAGGACCUCCGAGCUGGACGACGGCGGCAACCUGUCGAUAAAGCCCCGCCCAGGAAGUGACCUCACGAACAGCAACGUCCAGUCCCCUCCACACAAGGUACAGCGCAGCGUGUCCAGUCAGAAGCCCCGGAGACAGGCGGACCAAGGCUCCUCUGUCUCCUCCUCCUCCUCCAAGCGCUCUCAGUCCGGAGCGUCGGACACCAAGCACCACUCCGAGGACACGGGGAGGAAGGGCUCGGGCAGCUCCGCCAAGGUCCCGGCCAGCCCCCUGACCCCCGCCGACCGCAAGAAGGGGACCCCCACCCCCUCCACCAAUAGCAUCCUGUCGACCGGUACGAGUCGGAGCCGAAACUCCCCGCUGAUGGAGCGAGCCACUCUGGGGCAGGGCACGGUGCAGAACGGGAAGGACAGCACCGCCCCGCAGCGGGUCCCGGCCGCGUCCCCCUCCGCGCACAACAUCAGCAGCGCCGCGGUGACGGACCGCACCAACUUCCCGCGGGGCGUGGCCAGCCGCAGCACCUUCCACGCCGGGCAGCAGCGGGCCACCCGGGACCAGCACGCCGGCGCCUACAACGGGCCGCCCGCCUCGCCCUCGCUCUCCCACGGCAACAGCCAGGCGCGCCGCGGCGGCGCCAGCGGCAUCUUCAGCAAGUUCACCUCCAAGUUCGUGCGCAGGAACCCGUAUGAGGGAGAGAACAAAGAUCUCGAUGACGGGAGCAGGCCCAUGCUGAGCAGUGGGAGCGCGGAGAAGGAGAAGGAGAAGGAUGAGAACUCCCGGGACCCGAAGGACUCCAAGCCCCGCUCCCUGCGCUUCACCUGGAGCAUGAAGACCACCAGCUCCAUGGAGCCGGGCGAGAUGAUGAAGGAGAUCCGCAAGGUGCUGGAGUCCAACAGCUGCGCCUACGAGCUGCGGGAGCGCUACAUGCUGCUGUGCGUGGCGGGCAGCCCCGCGCGCGACGACUACGUGCAGUGGGAGAUGGAGGUGUGCAAGCUGCCGCGGCUGUCGCUCAACGGCGUGCGCUUCAAGCGCAUCUCCGGCAGCUCCAUCGCCUUCAAGAACAUUGCCUCCAAGGUCGCCAACGAGCUGAAGCUCUGAGCCGCGCCCGGCCGGCCGGAGCGAGGGGGGGGGGCCCUCGCUGCCCCAUCUCCUCCGGGGGGGCCCCUCCCUGGCCAGGACCCAGCAGCCGUGGGCUCCCCCCCCUCGGAAUCCCCCGGGUUUUAGUGAAAGGCGUUCCCGCGAGAGAGGCGGGGGGGUCGGACAGAGGGCCCGUCGGCCGCGCCCCCCUCCCCCCCGGCGCGGCUCAGAAACCCGGAUCUCCUUCUCUUGGUUGUGUUGUGGAUCUCUGAAUUAUUUUUAUUCCCCCCCCCCCGCUUAGCCAGUGUCACGAGCCUCCUGUUCCCCCCGGGGGCCGGCCGCACUGAAAAUCAAGGACCGAGGCCUGCCUCCCCCCACCAGAGACUCCCCCCCCCUCUCGUUCCCCUCCCGCGCUCACGGCCCGCCGGCGCCCCCUGCAGGCGCUUGCCCUGGGGGCCCCUGCGGGGGCCAGACGGGGGCGCGCCCGGCCGCCUGCCCCGGUCCGGAGCACUGGGGCCGCUGGGGGCAGGGAAGCAGCCUGCCGGCUUACUGCAGUGGCUGUUGUGUGAAACAGUCACUCUCCCACUGGGAACCUCCUGGCCUGGGGGGGCAGGGGGCAGGGGGCCGGGGGCAGGGGCGUGGUGCCGCAGCUCCGGGCUGGCUGAGGAGGAGGAGGAGGAGGGAGACGACGACGAGGAUGAGGAGGAGGAGGAGUGCCGUUUAGUGGAAGUCUAGCCUUGGGGGAGGACGGAACUCCUCCUGUCCCCUCUUCCCGGCUGCCUCCGUGCGCGCUGGGGGUUUAUUCUGUAUCGUUACUGUCUCUAGAGGAAGCACAGGCGACGGCGGGGUAUCGUCUGUACAGCAGGACAGCGGACACGCGGUGUAAUUUUGUAUAUGAGGCGCCCCAGGCAGAGAGCUUGCCGAGUUAUAUAUAUACACGUAUAUAUAUAUAUGAGCUGUGUAUAGUACAGAACAGUGACACUCUGUUUGCACAUCAGUACUGUAUAAUUAAUUUUUUUGCAUUGUUCUUUGAGAGACUUGGUUAAAAAAAUUAUAUAUAUAAUCUAUAUAUCUGCUGUUUCCAGAUUGGUCUCCCAUUAAUUGCCAUGUUUAGUUUUCUGGUUUAAAUAGAAUUUCUUUGAGUUUAUAUAUAUAUAUUCUUUAAGUAUAUAUAUAAGUGAGCAGUUGAGAUCUCUUGGGCUGUAAUUUAAGUGAGGGGCGAGUCGGUGGGCGGCGCCGGUGGGACAGGUCCGGCUGUUCCCUGGGGAGCCUUUUCAGUUUUUCUUUCCAGGUUUGGCGGUUUAUUUUUUUUUUUUGUUGUUGUUUUCCUGAUGAUUGUUAAGGUGCUGGGAAUCUGAUUUGUCUUGUCGAUUGUUCUUGUUGAAAUUUGUUUUCCUCCCCGUCUCUCUCUCUCUCUCCGGGCGGCGGCGCCGGUCCAUUCCCUGGCGAUGCCGGGUUGGGUCAGAAUGGGGAAGAGGUUAGGACAGGGUGGGGGGAGGGGAAUCGGAGACUAAAUCUUUAUUUUUUUUUUCCUGUUUGUUUUUGUUGAAAAGAAAAAAAUGAUCAAUACAAUAAUAGUAAUAAAAACAAAAUGGCAUUAAGAU